GAUGGGCAUUGGCGAUCACCUUCUCGAGCGUGCGCGGUUGCGCGUGACUGUGUUCGUCUUGCGCGUGCUUUGUAGAAGAAGUAUUGUUCUCAGCUGGCGUUGCUGACCAACGCUUUCUCGGCUUGAAAGAAAUAUGCCUCUGAUAUUCAAGAGCGCAGACGUGCGCAAUUUGCUCGCAAACAGGCGCGUAGUGCUGAUGGGAUGCUCAAACGUAAGAGCCAUCUACAAAGACCUCAUCUGCAUCUACCAAAAGGACGAGUUUAUAUCUAACCAGAAGUUGAGACUGAAGAUGGAAGACAGUUCCUUUGGAGAUGUCCUUGUUAGUCAUGGAAAAAAGCACAAUGGCCGGGACUACAGAGAAGAAAGGCUUUACACGAGAAAGAAGACAUCCAUUGCCUUCUACUUUCUCACAAGAGUCUACAGUGACUAUGUCAAAUCUAUUUUGGCGGGCAUGAUUCGUGACAAUGUGCCAGAUGUCAUCAUCGUUGGAUCGUGCCUAUGGGACAUAACACGUUGGGGCCCGAAUGGUGUUAAGGAGUACAAGGAAAACCUCAAGAAGUUUUUCAGCGAACUGACCAGGAUACUACCGUCUACGUCACUGGUGAUGUGGCUGACAGCAGCUCCCUUGGCGCAAGAUGUCCGAGGCGGUUUUCUGAUUCCACAGCUGGAGUUCCUCAAGUACUCCCUCAGGUUCCACGUCCUCGAGGCAAACACCUUCUGCAGGGAGACUGCUGACAAGUAUGGCAUCGACGUCGUCGACGUCCACUACCACCUGCGCAUGCUCCUCGAGCAUCGGGCUGAAGAUGGAAUCCACUGGCUCCCGUUGGCUGUUCGCCUAUGCACUAAUCUAGUCCUCACUCACAUUGCUCUGUCGUGGGGCUUCAAAGGGCCGUCUUGUGACAGCUUCAUAGUGGGCAGUGAGAGGAAGAUCAUUGAGGAGGAAAAGCGCGGAGCGGAAUGCACGACGGACGAGGAAAGUGCAGCUGAGCAGAGUUUUCUUCCCGCUGAGCUGUCCUUCAGCACGGCCCUUCGAUGUGACGAAGAAGUGAAGCAGGAGGUCAUCAACAAUGCCACUGAGGUCCCACCAUCACAGCGACCCAAGGCACAAAAGGGCAACUGGAGGGCCAGAUACUUCAAUGGCUUUCGACCUGGCCGUAGGCCACGGCAAAACUACGAUUGGCGAAGCCCAUGGCAUCCUGGACAAGAGCCGCGGGGUUGCCAAGGCCAGCCUGAGCAUAAUAUUCGGAAUGACAACUUUUCGCAAGAUCGUUCAGAUAAAGGGCCAGAUUUUUUAUCGCACAGAGGUGGCCAUCGGGGAGUGUUCUUCUGAGUACCUGGUGAUGCCUCGGGAUGCGUUGCAAUAGCCUGCCAUAGGAUGUUACUGUUCUUUUUAAUGGUUAUCAGUAAAUGAACGACAAAGCUUGGUGUUGCACUUUUGUUUAUCUCGUGCACAUUUUCUGAGCACACCCUCAAGCCUGAAUAUAAUUUUGGCGUGACAUCAGUACAAGAAAAGCAAAUAACGAUGUACGUCACAGUGAAAGAUCAGUUUUGGGAACAUCUAAAUCGUCAGUAUUCUCAACAGCAGUGCUUUACUUAUCGAGAGAUAAAGGUAAAUGUUCGGCACCAUACUCCCCACGAGUGGGACACUUUGGAAUGGUCUUGUUGUCAAGAGACCAGAGUAACUACUAGUAAUCAAAUUAGUACCAAUAAAAAAAGAAAAUUCCUUCCAUUAAAACACA